GCUAAAGGCCUAGGGCUGUAGGCUCCGCCCCGGUUCUAGUGGCACAGUCCGGGGAACUUGCGCAGACUGUCUGGGGCGGAGGGCCGCGGGAAGCGACUUGUAGCGCCUGCGCAGAUCGACUGCUUCUCUCGCGAGGACGGGCGCCAUUAUCGCAGCUCCCCGACAAACACCACGAGAAUUCCGCAGCCCACACGGUGGCAGAAUCCCAGUCCUGUGUGAGUUUGCUUCUUCCUUGUUGACUGCCCCUCUCCUCCCGUUCUGGAUGAUGUCAGAACAGGAUCUGGCGGAUGUGGUGCAGAUUGCAGUAGAAGAUCUGAGUCCCCAUCACCCAGUUGUACUGGAGAAUCAUGUAGUGACAGAUGAAGAUGAACCAUCUUUGAAACGCCAACGAUUAGAGAUCAAUUGUCAGGACCCCUCUAUAAAGUCAUUCCUGUAUUCCAUUAACCAGACAAUAUGCUUACGAUUGGAUAGCAUUGAAGCCAAACUGCAAGCUCUCGAGGCUACUUGUAAAUCAUUAGAAGAAAAGCUGGAUCUGGUCACAAACAAGCAGCACAGUCCCAUCCAAGUUCCCAUGGUAGCAGGCUCCCCUCUCGGUGCGACGCAGACAUGCAACAAAGUGCGAUGCGUCGUCCCCCAGACUACAGUAAUACUCAACAAUGAUCGGCAGAACGCCAUUGUAGCCAAGAUGGAAGACCCCUUGAGCAACAGGGCACCGGAUUCCCUGGAAAAUAUCAUUAGCAACGCGGUUCCCGGGCGUCGGCAGAACACCAUUGUGGUGAAGGUGCCGGGGCAAGAAGACAGCCACAACGAGGACGGGGAGAGCGGGUCCGAGGCCAGCGACUCAGUGUCUACCUGCGGACAGUCGGGAAGUCAGAACAUAGGGAACAACGUCACCCUCAUCACCCUCAACUCAGAAGAGGACUACCCCAAUGGCACGUGGCUGGGAGACGAGAACAACCCUGAGAUGCGGGUGCGCUGCGCCAUUAUCCCCUCCGACAUGUUGCACAUCAGCACCAACUGCCGCACGGCCGAGAAGAUGGCGCUGACGCUGCUGGACUACCUCUUCCACCGAGAGGUGCAGGCUGUUUCCAACCUCUCGGGCCAGGGGAAGCACGGCAAGAAGCAGCUUGACCCCCUCACCAUCUAUGGCAUCCGGUGCCACCUCUUCUAUAAAUUUGGAAUCACGGAAUCUGACUGGUACCGAAUCAAACAGAGCAUCGACUCCAAAUGCCGGACAGCCUGGCGGCGGAAACAGCGAGGCCAGAGCCUGGCCGUCAAGAGUUUCUCCCGGAGAACGCCGUCCUCAUCUUCAUACAGCACAUCAGAGAGCAUGAUGAGCACACCGCCUCCCGCCACGGAGAUGCCACAGCCCCAGCCGCAGGCCCUCCACUACGCGCUGGCCAAUGCCCAGCAGGUCCAGAUCCACCAGAUUGGAGAGGACGGGCAGGUCCAAGUAAUCCCACAGGGUCACCUCCACAUCACCCAGGUGCCUCAAGGGGAGCAGGUGCAGAUCACGCAGGACAGUGAGGGCAAUCUACAGAUACACCACGUGGGACAGGAUGGGCAGGUGCUGCAGGGGGCCCAGCUGAUAGCCGUGGCUUCUUCAGACCCCACUGCUGCAGGGGUGGAUGGAUCGCCUCUUCAGGGAAGCGAUAUCCAGGUCCAGUACGUCCAGCUGGCACCAGUGGCUGACCACACUACAGCAGCUCAGGGUGUAAUCUGUGGCUCUCCGUGCACCCCAUCAAGCUGGCUCCCGAGGCACUGACAGCGCCCAGGCUCCUGAAUGGCUCCCUGGCCAUCUGAUGUGUCAAGAUGUUCCAGGAGCAUCUGGUAUUUUUCCUGCCUGGGCAGAACCAGCCGUCUCUUCAAGGAGUCCUGUUCACUUUUAGAGGAAGAUGGUAUUUAGAAACCAAGAUCUGGGUGCUGGGGGUGCUCCUGCUCCUGCUCCUGGGGCGUCCCAGGUCCAGCCCUCCCGGUGAACAGAACUGGGCAGUGUGUGUGUGCGCACACAUGCAUGUAACAAAUACAUGUGUGUAUGUGGUCUACACCCACACAAAUGUACACUCGCACAAAUGCACUCACUCGCGCACACACUUUUAUCUGUAUUUAUCUGCCAGUGAAUCCCUCCAGUCAGCCAACUGCUGACUCCCGUCCCUUGCCAAUUGGACUGUUUUGACUUCACUGGUACACAGCAUUUUCACUUGAUCCAGAUCAGGAUUCUGUGGCCCUGAAGAAGCAUCUCCCCUGGACCUCUAAUUUGACAGAGUAAGCACGUGGGCUCACCCAGAAACCUGGACAAGUAGCAGAGCUCCAUUUGCAAUUGAGGUUCUCUGAACAGAUUUCUGACCUUAGCUGUGUUCUUUAUAAGAGCAAAAAGUUGCAAAACUCAUCAUGCCCAUCAAUGUCUGUGAAAUGUGGCUUGGGCGACUGGCACAGAAUUCUUGACUCCUGAUCUAGGGUCAGGGUCAGAGAGCUGAAGCCUGUGGAGGUGAGAGGAGAGAAUUUUAGGGCAAAACAGCUUGGACUUGGGUCCGGGGCAGCACAGUGGAGGAGAGAGCACUCUGACCUGUGUCCAAGGACACCUGGGACUCCCUGUUUGCUGGGGUCUCGAUGGACGCCCCUGCACCCUUGCUUGUGGGCCAGCACUGGCUCCUGCUCACUGGACCGCUGUAGAACAAGGAUGGGGCCGGGAGAAGCAAGUCCAAGUCAGAACAGCAAGUAGGUCAGUGUUCCCAGCUCUUUCUUCCCCCUGCUGCGGGACCCCGUGCACCCUGUUUCCUUCACAGAUGUGGUUAAUCAGAGGGGAAACCACAGCUGACUGCGGCCCAUUUCCUGGCCCGCCUCCCAUUGGUUGAGGUGACUGGGUGGGCCGAGCCUACUUCCCACUUCUGCCACCAUUUGCUCAACUAACCACUGGUGCUCUGGCCUAGAGAUCCCACCCUCCUUUCUCCCCUAGUUGGGCUGCAGAAUGGCCUGGCUGGAGCCAGAAGUACUGAGGGAAAUGUCUCCAGGAGGGUCAGACAGAGGGACAGUAUUAAACCCCCAAACUCAUGACCUUUCUCCCCAUCCCAGGGCUGGAUGGGUCCCACGGGCCAAGCUGUGAGGGCCCCGGGCAAUAUCUGCUGGAGGGAGGGGCAGAAUUGUGCCACAGACCUGUGCCCCCAGACGACUUGCCUUGAAACUAAAGGAGCCCUUGGACCACUGGAGAAAGAGAACAUGGGAAGGAACAUCAGCCAUGUGGGUGCCCAGGAUUCAGGAAGUGUGUUCUGAUGUGUGCCAAGGGCCCUCAGGACAGGCCGCCGGCCUUCACUCCAGCCUCGAGGAAGAGAAGCUGAUUCUCUCUGUAUAGGUGAGGCCCAGCCCAGUGUGUCCAGACCUCAAAGCCCUUUCUCAGCAGGAACUUUAUGGUCCUAGUCCCUCCUGGGAAAGGAGGUCCCUGGUUCACUUCUGCUCAUCAACUGGUAUUUCUCUUCAUGGUCUGACAAGACCCUCUUACGUGUCAAAGGGACCCUGUUGUUCUGUAGUGGUGAUGGUAGACUAAAACCGGUGAAUUGCACAUGUCAUAUCAGUGAAAUGUAUGGAAUGUGAGUUAUAUCACAAUAAAGUUGGAAUUGUUAAAGGGCCUUAUUCUAAUUACAAUAAAUAAAUGAGU